CCCCUUAUCAAAAAUGGCUCGCUCAGUGUCUGUCUUAGCAGUCGUGGUGCUGUUCUUUUCGCUCUUUUUCAAACCAUCACACUCUUUACCUUUCCUAGAUUCCAUUCUCAAACCCUUCACCGAGCUCCUCGAAUCCGUUGCCAAUGGAAACGGCAUCAUCGAUACCACGCUCGGGACUUUGGAAGGUGCCCUGGGCUACGACGCCACGUUUGACUACGUCGUCGUCGGGGGCGGGACCGCUGGGAAUGCGAUUGGCGUGCGUUUAGCUGAUGCAGGGCAUACCGUUGCCAUUGUCGAAGCCGGCGGCUACUAUCAGAUUGGAAAGCCUAUAUUGGGGAGCACGCCUUUUGGCGAUACGAUUGGCAUUGGGUCGUCUGUGCUGGAUACCAAUCCCCUUGUUGACUGGGGGUUCGUUACUGCGCCGCAAGAGGGGCUGAAUGGGAGGCAGAUACACUAUGCGCGCGGGAAAUGCCUCGGUGGGUCUUCUGCUUUGAAUUUCAUGGUCUAUCAGAGGGGAACCAAAGGCUCGUAUGCAAAGUGGGCAGAGCUCGUGGGUGACUCGUCGUACGAGUGGGAUAACAUCUUGAAGUACUUUAAGAAGUCGAUCAGUUUCACACCGCCAAACACCGACACUCGACUUGCCAAUGCGACGACCAUGUAUGAUCCGAGCGCCUUCGACGCGUCCGGUGGUCCGAUACAAGUAGCCUACACCAACUACGUUUCCGCCUUCCCGACGUGGCUCAGCAAAGGCUUCGAAGCUGCUGGAAUCAAAGAGGUGAAGGAUUUUAACAGUGGAUUCCUCAUUGGCCAGCAGUACGGCUCGUCGACUAUCGAUGGCAAGUCGCAAACCAGAAGCAGUUCAGACCAGUUCAUCAACAAAGCCAAGAACAACGAGAAUCUCAAGGUGUACAUCGGAACGAUAGUAAAGAAGAUUUUGUUUGACGAGGCAAAGAAGGCGACUGGAGUGAGGGUCAGCACUGCUGGUAUCAACUACGAUCUCCUCGCUACGAAAGAGGUCAUCGUUUCCGCGGGGGCAUUCCAGUCGCCACAGCUCCUCAUGGUCUCUGGAAUCGGCCCGGCCGAUCAAUUGGAAGCUCUUGAUAUUCCGGUGAUUUCCAAUCUCCCCGGCGUGGGCCAGAAUAUGUGGGAUCACGUCAUGGUAGGCCCGACGCACGAAGUCGACGUCGACACUCUGAGCCGCGUGAUCCACGACCCCGUCUAUCUCGCAGAUGCCCUAUUGAACUACACGCUCGCGCAAGACGGACCACUCACCUCGACAGCAUUUGAGCUAGUAGGCUGGGAAAAGGUACCCUCGGAAUACAGGGCGAACUUCAGCGCGUCCACAAUCGAAGACCUCAAACAGUUCCCCGACGACUGGCCCGAAAGCGAGCUCCUCUCCGCAGGCGGCUACAUCGCCGACUUCGUCUUCCCCCUUCUCAUGCAGCCCGUCAACAACAAACAAUACGCCUCGAUCCUCGGCGCCCUCGUCGCCCCAACCUCCCGCGGCAACAUCACCAUCCAAAGCCGCUCCACCCUCAUCCCGCCCAUCAUAAACCCCAACCUCCUCGCCACAAAAACAGACCAGGAAGUCGCCCUCGCAAUGUGGAAACGCAACCGCGCCAUCUGGAAAUCAACCCAACUCUCCCCCAUCGUCCUCGGCGGCGAAGCUUGGCCCGGCGAGCAGAUCGAAUCCGAUGAGGAUAUUCUUAAUAUGAUUCGCGAAUCCGCUAUGACGCUUUGGCACGCCAGUUGCACUUGUAAGAUGGGCAGGAGCGACGACGUCAUGGCUGUGGUUGAUAGUAAGGCGAGGGUGUUUGGUGUUGAGGGGGUGAGGGUCGUGGAUGCGAGUAGUUUCCCGUUGUUGCCGCCGGGGCAUCCGCAGUCGAGUAUUUAUAUGCUUGCUGAGAAGAUUGCGGAUGACAUCAUUCGUGGGCUGUAACCACCUUCUUCCAACUUUUUUUUCUUUUGUUAUAUACUUUAUCCCGCUUUUCUUAUUCUUCUCCGUUUGGGGGAAAUGCUUCUUCUUCGUUUUCUUCUCUGUUGUUUGAGGUACUUCUUUUUUUUUGGUAAAUAUUUCGUUGGGAUGUAAGAUCAUAUGAACUUCCACUUAACCAUCUUGAAACGGGCUGCCGAUUGGCUGACUUCAUAUAUGCGUCCUCAUUCGGCGACCGUGGAUAUGUUUCUAGCGUAACUCGUCGGAAUUGAAAAGGAUAGUAGAUAGUCCCGCUGACAAUUUCGUUAUCAUUAUAAACUAUCGCUGUGUGUAGGAACACCUAAGCUCCAACUCAAAAUCAAUCGCUGACAAUGAUCGCAUGUAGUCAAUGAUAUCCUUAGAUCUUCUGAGACGAAGGGAGCUAGCACCAAAGUUCAUUUAGAGGAACGCAACGUUGUACUUGCAAAGAGAUCAGUACGCUUAAACAACAAGUACAAAUCCAUCACUUAAAACCCGUUGGACUCCAAACCAGUGGAUCCAAGACUAUAUAACUGCCCUUAGUGAUAGCCACUGUUAUCUAGUUUGUAUCUGUCUGCUGUCAGAAUACCUUAGAGUGCGGAUUAGUAUGACAAGACUAAUGCUGGAGGGACCCAGGUGUCAUAGUCCCUUUCACACCCUAAAACCCGACGUGGUGGGAAGUGGACACGUC